UUUGAAAUAUCUAGGCACUGUUAUCCCCUCCCUCCCUGAACAAUUUUAAGUGUAUUUAAUGGAUUGUCUAAAUAGAGAAGUAUUGUCUGUAAUGAGUUGCUAGUCUUGCCUUUUUAUUGGUAUUGGGGCCAGGUGAAGAAAAGAAUAAGCAUUCUAAACUGAAGAAGUUUUCACUACUUGUGGAGUUUCUGCUCUUUUGAAAAGAGGAGAAUGUACUCUAUUAUAUUUAUUUCAUAAUCUGAAAGAAUAAUAGCAUUUGGAGCAAUGGCAACAGGAGACCUAAAAGGAAGUUUGAGAAAAAUAGAGCAAGGACUUCGCUUGUUAAAUUAUCCAAGAGAUGUGGAUUAUACAGUGUUAGUAAAGGGUGAUCCAGCUGCAUUUUUACCUAUCAUCAGCUAUUCUUUUACAUCUUUUUCAACUUACGUAGCAGAACUUGUGGUAAAGUGUGAUGUGGAACUCACAGCAAAGAGUGACUUGCGUUUCAUUGAAGCUAUUUAUAAGCUUCUUCGAGAUCAGUUUCAAUAUAAACCAGUUUUAACAAAACAUCAGUUUCUUCAGUUUGGCUUUGCAGAAAGGAAAAUGCAUAUUGUUUGUGACAUUAUCAACUGUGUGGUGAAAAAACAUAAGGAAUUAAGUAACUCGAAUAAGGUUAAAUCCCAAACGAGGAAAAACCUCAGAUCUUCUAAAUGUGAAGUAUUGUCAAAUUGUGUUAAUGUCUUUGCUGAUCCUAGUGGCAGUGCUCUGAAUUCCAAACAGAAGCCUCAAGUAGAACGGCACUCAGGAAAUGAAGUUAGUGGUGACCUUCAUCCCCUACCCCUUCCAGCACAGGGAGGUGAUGAAGAAGAAUUGUGCCUAGAUCAUGAUGUUGUGGAAGUUAAAUAUGAACAAGUCAUAGGAGAUAAUUCACAGAUUGAGUUCCUAAAGAGUCAGCUUGCUGAUUGCCAGGAAAAGCUGCAUAAACUAGAUUGGAUGGAAGAUAAACUACAUGUUCUAGAAGAGAGACUGAAAGGCAAGGUGAUCGUAGAUGAGAAGGACUGGAAUAACUUGUUGAGUCGAGUUUUACUUCUUGAAACAGAACUGUUGUUGCAAUCCAAAAAGCAAAACUCUCCACUGGAAAUUAUUUCCUUGCAGGAACAGCAGAGAGACUUAUCUACAGAGUUCAGCAAUAUAAGUCAAGAAUGUACUUCUAGUAGUAUUCCAGUUUCAUCUGAUACAGAGAGGAAAGAGGAGAUGCCAGAGAGUCUUCAUCAGUUGCCUGGAUACAGUUCACUAUUAUUCACAGACCCAUCUCCCAAAGCCAUGACCAUUAAUUCUCAUAAUCUGACAGACAUUUCAAAGGAGACAACAAGACAAAGAAUGGAAAGGAUAAGUAAAAUAAUUGAAGAAACAUCAGAAUUGUUGAAAACAUCAAGCAACACCUCUGAGAAGACCUGAAAGCACAGAUCUUCAGGCCUGGUCUCUGUUGAUUUACAGAUAUCAGAAAUAAUAUGUAUGUUUGUACAGCAUUAAAUUUUUAAUAUAUCAGAUUUGUAAUGAUCACCAGUGCUUUUAUUCCUUUUAAUAAAUAUUUUCUCAUGUAUCUGUGUAUUGAUUUCCCUCUCCCAACUCCAUUUUUUAGUUUUCAAAACUGUUCACUUCUGUAAAGUGAAAUCAUUACAGCAGUGUAUUUUGGGGUUGACAUUUGUUAGCAGUGUGCUAAGUAAUAUGUUUUUUAAAGUGCAGGCUUGAGGACCAUGGUUUACAUCCUGUUGGAAACAUUCCAGCUGGGACUUGCUUAUUAUACUCAAGAGGCUUUCUUACAUACUGACUUACCAUCUGUACUGUUGAAUAAGUCUUAAUGAAAACUUAAAUAUGCAAUUUCAAAUAUG